UCUCUCUCUUUAUACUCCUUGCCAGCUAAUAGGUGUAACAAACCAACAACUAAUCCCCUUAACUGGUUACUCAACUAACUGAUUAAAUUAACUUUAACUACCUACUGAAAUUAACUACCAUGCAUGGCAGCUUGCUUAUCAUUUUUAGUAACCACUGUUGAUUUUGAUUUUCGUUUCGUUAAAUGCGUAUUCCCAUUAAAAUUGCGGAUUGUUCGCGAGGAAAAUUCCGUCACGAGCUAAGUCCCAUAAUGCGCUAGCGCGAGCUUGAAAUCAUUUUUUAUAAGUAUUCCAAAGUACUCAAAUUCUCUAGUCAAGAGCGCGAGCACAGGGUGAGGAUUGAAAGCGGGAGCAGAGAGCCCUACUGAAGGAUGAUGUGACUCUGCUUGCAGUUUCUGGCUAUUUAAUUUGUCCUUACAAUGGAUGCUGGAAACUCGAAGGAUGGAGAAUCAAGCACCCCGUUGGUGGAAAGCAAUGAUGGCUUGAGAAAUGAAUGGCUUAUCCCCCAGCUAUUUACUUCUGUACCGGCUCUGAAUGAUGCUGCUUCCUAUCUUGCAGAGACAACAUCGUAUAUAACACGCUGUUUCGGUGAUUUUUCUGAGCCUUCACCAAGCAGACCAUAUGGACAGGAAAUGGUUACAUUUGCUUCUCAAGAAACCAGAGUAUCUGUGGUUGGUACUCAUAUGCCUUCAAGUGGAAACCUUUCUUCAGCUUCUGAAUCAGCUAAUGUAGCAACUGAUGCUCCUCUUAUAUUUGAUGGAACCUUAAGGAGGUCAGAUGGAGAUUCGUCUCAAAGUUCUAACACAGUCAUCCAAUCUGCUCAGACUAGCCAAAAUGGCAUUUCCAUUUUCCAGGGCCUAAUUGAACGGGCAAGAAAGACGGUUCGGGGUUCAGCUGAUGACAUAGGCUGGCUACAGAGAGCUCCAGGAAUGCCUCCAGUUGAAGAUGGAACUGAAAGGUUUAUGGAAAUUAUUGAUGACAUCAGGCAUGGUCUACACAAGUUACCCAACUCAAUGGUGUACUUGUUGGUCCCAGGUCUUUUCAGCAACCACGGGCCACUUUAUUAUGUUAGUACAAAAACGUAUUUCUCAAAGAUGGGUCUGACCUGUCAUAUUGCCAAGAUUCACAGUGAGGCUUCGGUUGAGAAAAAUGCCAAAGAGAUUAAAGAGUGCAUUGAGGAGAUCUAUUGGGGUUCCAAUAAACGUGUCUUACUUCUUGGACAUAGCAAAGGGGGAGUAGAUGCCGCUGCUGCUUUAUCCAUGUAUUGGACUGAUUUGAAAGAUAAGGUUGCUGGGUUGGCUUUGGCACAGAGUCCAUACGGCGGUAGUCCUAUAGCUUCAGAUCUCUUGAGAGCAGGACAGCUUGGUGAUUAUGUUAAUGUGCGUAAACUCAUGGAGAUCCUGAUCUGCAAAGUAAUGAAGGGUGACAUACAAUCACUAGAAGACCUAACAUACGAGAAGAGGAAGGAAUUCUUGAGGAAAAACCAUCUGCCAAGAGAGCUCCCUGUUGUUUCCUGCCACACAGAGGCGAGCAUUUCUCCUGCAGUUCUGGCCACGUUAUCCCGAGUUGCACACGCGGAGCUUCCCACACUAUCUGCGGGCUCACCUGCCAAACUCCCUGUCAUAAUUCCCCUUGGUGCCGCAAUGGCUGCUUGCGCUCAGCUGCUUCAGGUGAGGUAUGGAGAGAAGAGCGAUGGGCUCGUGACUUGUCGCGAUGCGGAGGUCCCCGGCUCGGUCGUCGUUCGGCCGAAGCGGAAGUUGGACCACGGUUGGAUGGUUUAUUCACCCUUGAACGACGAUCCUUCAGAAGUGGAUGCCUCCCAAUUUUGCGAGGCGCUUCUGUCGUUGCUCGUGGAAGUUGGACAGAAGAGAAGCCAUGAGCGAUCCAUGAAAUAUGAAUGAGGGCUAUACUCAAUUUGUUUCUCGUCUCAAAUUUGUCUUGUACCAAUGAGUUCUUUAGCUAGGUACUAUUCAUAUAUGAUCUAGGCUUGGCUUCUGAAUUAGGGCUUAGUCCACAGAGAGAGCCAGCCACGUUGAGAAUGAUUCUAGUGAAAUACGUAGUAGUUCUUGACGUGUUAAUUCUUGCAAAAAGCAAUAUAAUACUAUGUUGUUUAUAAAUUGACAGAAAAUUGCUGGGUUA